AUGGCACCGAACGUUGUUGUUGUGGCCGCCGAGCCCGGCCAGCUGAAGGCCCAGUUCACGGUGGCCGAGGAGCACCUGAACGCGGGCGGCACGCUGCACGGCGGCUACACGGCCUACUUGGUGGACGUGCUGUCAACAGCUGCGCUCAUGACCGUGCCGCCCAACCUGGCCGGCGUGUCGGUCGACCUCAGCGUCGCGUACAUGAAGGCCGCCAAGGCAGGAGACGUCGUCACCGUGGACGCGCUCACGCUCAAGGUGGGACGUCAGUUAGGCUUCAGCAGCGUCGACCUCAGGAACGACGCCGGCCAGCUGCUCGCGCAGGGCAAGCACACCAAGUUCCUGAUUUAGUGGCCUCUGGCGGCCGCUGGCUCCACUUGACCGGCGGGGGCACCGGGGCACCGUGUGGGCGCGGACCUGGGCCGGGCAUUGUCGGCCGGCGGCUCCGGCGGAGAACGGCGCCGAGCCGUCAGAAGCCACCCCGACAGUCUUCCAGCGGAGAGACAGUAGUGCGACUGCUGGCGUCCGACGAACCCUACGCCUCGGGGACCAGUGGAUAGAUGAAAUAUCCAGGGUUUCGGUGACAACGUUAAUCGUCAUUUGACCCUGCUGACCUAACAAGUGCAAUGACGCUGGCAUUACUGUGCAUCGAUCUGCUUCUUCGCAUCGAGGCAUUCACAGCCCGGAUGAAGUUUAGGGUGCGCAUGUAAAUGAGUGACCAAUGUAUAAAUAGACUGAGUGCCGGUCUCGAUCGGGCUCCGUAACA